UCAUCUUUCGUAGGUGGUAUACGGUCUCUGACUGUAGAACGCGGAGGUACCACCCGGCGGAUCUCGUAGGCGGAGCCAGAAUGUGUGCAUGUUGCAUGCACACGUGUUCCCUCGUCUGUGUGGCGAUCCCCCUUUCCCCUGUGUUUCCCUCUAUGGCCCCACGGCCUUCGUGGUAGUUGGAGUAUAAAAAAACAG